AUGAGCAACUGUCCUCCCGUCUCAAGCUUCUGCGACUUUGGGGAGUGGAAGUCGGAGGAGGACGGCUCAGCGGACUCAUGCUCUUCCAAUUUCUCUUCUUCGCCCAAGGCACCCUACCUCGUCUAUAAGCAGUCCAACUCCGCGACUGGGGCACUCGGCAAGGCACAGCGCAAGCUCAGCGCCCUCUCGCUGUCUGACACAGAAGAGGAGCUGCGUGCCGAAAUCGAGCAAAGCAGGUUGUCUCUGGAAUGUAACCUGUCGGCACUGAGGCUGUCAGCAGUGCCGUCUGAUGUUCCACUCAACAUCUUGCGUAAGAUUUCUCUGUCGGAGAACCAACUAGUCUCGUUGCCGGAUGGGCUGUUCUUAAGCGGAUCCUUCGGUGCGCUGGUUGAGUUGGUCCUGAAUACGAAUCUGCUCACGUCCCUCCCGCUGUCUCUCUUUUAUCUCCCACAUCUUCAGGUGCUUUCAGUGAACAACAACUCGCUGACGUCGCUGCCAUUUGAGAAUGUGAUAGGGGCAGAGCGCAACGCGGCGGGCGAUCCGUUCCUGCCCUCGGUGCGGCGUAUUGGGAUGGAGUCGAAUCAACUCCAGCUCCUGCCGUUGUCCUUGCUGGAGUGGUGCCCCUCGCUGGAGGAGCUGUUCUUGGCCAUGAACGAGGCAAUGCUCGACGAUCCCGUGCCGUAUGACCGUCUUCUGACGAUACGCCGUCUUUCCAGCAAACGUGUCGUGCUCCGAGUUGAUAAUCGCCCUCGUUUUGUGAGGCAGAUUGAGGUGCAGUGCUGGGCUGCGACUCUGCCAUGGCUGCAAGUCGAGCUCAACAAGAUCUAUCCUGACAAGGUGCUGGAUUAUCUCUUCCUAGGAUCCCUGCGUACCGCGCAAACGGUGACUGUGUACCACGAUCUAGACAUCUGCUAUGUCCUGACUGUGGGGCGCGAGUUGGAGGUGGUAAUUGAACCGUGGAUGCAGCAGCUUGUCCUCCCUGUGAACGACUUCCCGGAGCAGAGCAUGGUGCCCGUCUUUGAUGACGCCUUUAGGUUCAUUGACGAGGCACGAUCGCACAAAAAGGGCGUCCUCAUCCACUGCUUUGCUGGUCUUUCCAGGUCCGUGACGAUUGCGGUGGCCUAUCUAAUGCAUCUCAAGGGCAUCACACGCGAUGAUGCACUUGCCUUGGUGCGCCUUGCGAGGCCGGCGGCACGGCCAAAUGACGGUUUUCUUCGCGAGUUGCGCGUCUACGAGGAGAUGUUGCACAGUCGCUGCGUCAGUCACGAGUAG